GGCCGCUCUCAGGUUUCUCUCUGCUCGAACGUCGAGUAUUUCGUUGAAAUUGCUGUUAUUUAAUUUACGGAGAGAGAUAAAUCCUUUGCGUAUAUUUCCAAGCGUUUCUUCCGCUUCGAAAUUAAUUUUUCCUUGUCGCGAGUGACACUUCUAUUUAUUUAUCACGUAUAAUCGCGCGCGUAUGUGUGCGUGUGUAUUUACGCGUACAAUACAUCGUUAUCGCCGCCCCUGAUGCACCGACUUCUGACAGCGCUCAGUUCGCCUUGCUCCGCCGGUCCGGUCGUUCGUGGUGCGAGUCAGCGCACGUUCCUCGUUUCAUACUUUUCUUUCGCACAGCGCGGAGGUUCCGGGAAGGAGCUGGGCCGAAGGGGGUGGUUCCCGUCGACUCCGACCCGCUUAAAUGUGAUCGCGAGGGGAACAGUCUCGCCGUCUUCACCGUGUACUCGACGCGGGCACGAGCUGCUUCGACAUGGACGUGUCGGAUGGUAUAGACAAAUCAUGGGAUCAUCCCUGGACCACGGAAGAGAUGAGGAAGAAGAGGAGAGAGUGGAGCCUGGCAGGUGACGUCGGACUGCUCAAGCAUCUUCAGCAAUUCUCAGAGAAUCUGGUAUCCAAAGCCAACAAGACACAAGCCGCGCUGGACACACUAGCGACGCAGUUAAAGGAGACUGGGAUACUGGUGGACAACGUCACUAAUACGUCCCUAGCUCUGGCCAACACUCAAUUCAUUGAGAGUCGCGUGCAGGAGGAUGACAUAGAGCUCAAGGGGAACUUGGAAGAGAAGCAACGAGAAACAAAGCCCCAAGAUUCGACCCCCGAGAAUCUCAUAGCCAGCAUAAGUGAGAGCGUUAAGCAGGGCUUGAGCAUAAUGGACGAGAAGUACAAAGUGAUGGAUGUGGCUUGCAGCGACAGCGAAGAGGAAGACGAUGGCGGUGUGGUAUUUAGUGUUAUCGUGGGACCUAACGAUCCGUAUCAGGAUCGACCCUUGCCAUACGUCAUCGGCUCGGAUAAGUGGAUGGCAUCGGACAAGGUCGGCUUGGAGAGUAGCAGCAGCGAGUCCGAGCAGGCAGACGAGGAGGAGAGAGAAGAAUCGGAGAGCGACGAGAGAGAAGACGUAAAUGCGAGGAAGGUGCUCAAUGGCCGGCACAAUCCAGAGGCGAACGCAGCGAGGUUGUCGUCCUCGAGCGACUCGGAUUAUAACGAUCCGGACAGCAACGCCCCGUACAUGAGCAACAAGGCCGUCUCUCAGAACAACAUCAAUUCCGCCUCCGAAUCUGUCACGCCUAAUAAUCUGUCGAAGACAUCGAGCGAGGCGGCGCCCAAUUUCGCGGAGGAGUUGGCUAAACGAUUGGGCACCGUUCGCCAGUCGCAGAAGCCUGUCACUAUGAACGAGGCCGGUGAGUCGUCGAUCAAUCGAUUCAAAGACGACCUGUUUGCAUCGGAGAAGAAUGACGACGUGUUCAGUGACCGCUCUGACAAUUUGUUCGGCGACGAGAAGGGCCUCUUCGACGACCGGGUGUCCGCGAAUCUGUGGAAGGAUAGGCCGAUCAGAUCCUCCUACAAGAGUAGUAAUAUUAUACCGCCCAGUAUUGACGUGCCGCCACCGAUUAGUAUAGUUUCGACGAAACCAAAGUCAGAGAUAGAUGAUCUGUUUGCGGAUGACGAUUCGGAUAUCUUCUCGUCGAGGAAGCCCGUGAAGAGACGCGCGAGGGAACCGACCGCUAGCGACAGUGCUUAUCCUCCCGCGGGCACGGAGGACAUGCCAAAGAAAUUCCUGGACGUUAUAGCACCCGGUGUCACCACGAGUACGCCAGAGACCAAAGUCAACUCCCCGAGUCUGUUCAGUGACGACGAGAACGACGAUGCGGAUCUGUUUGGCAAUCCGAAGAAGCAGUCCCGCACACCCACGAGCGCACCGUCAUCCACGAACACCACCCGGGAGUCGAAUAAGAAGAAACCAGCCGGCACGGUGUCAAUAUUCGGCGAUGCGCUGGCGUCCGACAUCGAGAGGAAACUGUCGAGCCGGAUAAUGCAGCGACGGCGGGAGUCCUCCGAGUCGUCGGAUAGCGACGCGCCAGGGAAUUCCGAUAGCGCGAGGAGCAAUGCCGAGGCGGUGAGAGGCCUCCUCGACGAUAACAUCGCGGUUGACCACAGUUCGCGGAUCGCAUCGGCCGAGAAUCCCGUGCAGGAUAUAUCGGCAAUCGUCGAGAACAUCGAUAACAGCAGCGGGAUAUCGAUGCGACCGCCCAGUAUUGAUAACACGGCCGGAUCUGGCUUGUGGAACUUCCACCCAGAAAUGUCCUCGACGAGGCUCAAGUCCGAGGAGAUUUAUCGCGAACGUAUCGCCAGUGACAGUCUAUUCGCGGCGCGAACGCUCGAUCCCGCCAGCUCGGUAAACUCCAACAGCAAUCAGCAGCAGCAGCAACCACGACAGCAGGAACAGCAGAACGUCUCGUCAGCGUUUUUGCAAGACGACGUUUUCGAGAACGACGAUCUGUUCGGACCGCCGCCGUUGCCCUCGAAGGCGGACUCAAAGCGAACGGCGAAGUCCAAAGUCUCGUCGCUCUUCGACGACUCCGAUUCCGGCGACGAGCUCUUCUCCGCGGCCAGCUCUGGCUCCAGGUCGCAGAAGAGCACAGACUUCUUUGCUGCCACGUCGUCGAACGACAAAACGAAGCCGCCUGCAAAGGGCAGCGGUUUGUUCGACGACGACAUGGACAUAUUCGGCGGCAAAGAUGCCCCGGACGUCGAUAUAUUUGGUGCAGCCUUGAAGUCGAAAUCGACGGACGCGGCUUCGGAUGGCCUGUUCGGUGAGCGUGGCCCGGAUUCAAUAGCGCCGAAGACUCACAGCGUCGAUCAAUCGCAAAGCGUAAAGACAGAGAAAAAGAAGAUCAGCCUGUUUGAUGACGACGACGACGGCGAGGACGGCGAUUUAUUCGGCACGAAGCCAACGAAAUCGAAGAGCGAGCGUAAAAGCGACCUCUUCGAGGACGAGAACGAUCUGUUCUCGGGCAAGACGAGUAGCAAAGAACGCACUUCUGCGGAAAAAGACAAGGCAUUGACCGAACCAAAGACCGGCGUCUCUAAGAACGUCUCUAGUUUGGAAAGUGAGAAGAGAAGCAAGGACAAUUUAUUGGAGAACAAAUUAUUUUCCGAAACCACGAAAACUCGCGGUCUCUUGUUCGAGGACGACGAUUACGACGAUUUGUUCAGCAAGAAGGUGACAGUGAUGCACGAAGACGACCGAUCGAAGUCUAAAUCCAAGGAAGAAGUCGGGAAAGAUGUUCCUGAAGAGGCGCAAAAACCUUCUAAGGAAAGUAAGAACCCGACAGGAUUCUCGGAUGUAAGUCGUGUCGCCGCAGCGGCUUCGGAAUCGGACAUCGUCAGAGACGUAAGCGACGAGAGGCAUAAAGCGGACGUCGAGGAGGCAUCGGCCAGCGUCGACGAGAACGAUGGCGCGACGAAGAAGAAUUCGCCGCCGAGGACGCUAAACAUCCAGACGACCACUUCGCCGUCGAUCGAGGAGCAGAGCAAUCAGCAGCAAGUGCCGCGAAGAUCAGUAUCCGGUAAGAUAAAGAACCUGAUGGGCAAGAUGGGCGACUUGAAGAUCCUCUCGCCGAUGGACGCGCCGCCGUUGUGGCGGAAGAGCGAGGACAAGACGGACGAGGACGAGGACGCCGUGGACAGCGAUAGCGGCGGCCGCACUGGCCGCGUUUCGCCUCCGAGCGUGUCGGAAGGCAGCGCGCGGAAGGAGUCCUCUUAUUCGACAAUCUCCACCACCAGCAACGCCGAAGCGGCCAUAAGCUUCGACGAUCUGGCUCAAGUAGAGACAUUGUCCACUACUGCGUCCAAGAGUCGAGUGAGGAUUCAAGCGAAGCGCCGUCCUCAGAGUCGACACGCUCGGAAAUCCGCGCUCCGACACAGCGGCAUCGACUUCGACACUGUCGACAAUGCUCAAGACAAUUCUCAGGAGGAGAGCCACGCUAGUAUCUCUUCGUCCACCAAAGACUCCUUUACCGCCCCGGCCAGCGCCGCCAAUCGUUUGGCUAUCGGUGACACUCACCGCUCAACGAUCGAUCCUCCCUCGGUUGACGACAAGUCCGAGCUGGGUAGCAUCAGUAAGGAAAGCUCGAUGAGUGUCAAUAAGAAUACCUUACUGUCGCCGUCCACUGACGAAGAAGAUUUGUUCGAUGUACCACCAGACCUGCCGGAGGACCCGCAGAAGGAAGACACGCUGUUCGGCAGAGCGCCGAUACUUUCGCCGAUCGAUGGCGAGCGAUCGGACAAGCCGCCUAUUACUGCCGAACCUCUUAUAGACACCGUGAUCAGAAAGGUUGACAAUGAUGUUGACAAUGAUGUGAGCGCCUCAGACGACAGAGACAGCGAAUUGACGCGAUCAGACAUCGGCAUAAAAUCGGACGCGUCGAAGAGCGUCCAUGAAAAGAGGAACGAGAAGCGCGAGGAAGUAGAUGACGAACGGAGCGAAGCCAAGGAAGAGUCGAGCGCGGAGGAGCCGAGCGAUCCUCUACGCGACAGCAGCCAUGAUCCGCUGAAGGAUCCUAGUCAGUUGUUCGCAUUCGUCACGAAAACGCCGUCGCCAGAAAAGAGCAAGAGCCUGCUGUUCUCCGAGCCCGACGACAGCCUGUUCUCCAGCACUGUGAUAAAGAAGUCGAGCGAGCCGAAGAAGAUCUUGGACCUGUUCGCAGACGACGACAUCGGUGGCGAUUUAUUCUCCACGGUUCCGUCGAAGAAAACUGUGAGGAAACCGUUGCGCGACGCGAAGAUCGGAUUGUUCGGCGACGACAAUGGCGCACAGGACGACGAGGACGACAGUCUGUUUGGCAGCACGUCCAGCAAGACGAAGCUAGACAGUCAAAAGCCUCCGAGUCUCGCUCCCGUUGGGCGCAAGAAAAAUAACAUUUUCGACGACGACGACGACGAUGAUUCCAGCCUGUUUGUCGAGUCAUCCGGCCAAUCACAAAAGUCGGACAGCGCCUCGUUCUCCGAGUCCAAGCCCGAUCCCGCCGAUAAUCAAGCCAAGAGUUCGAACCUAAAGAGUAUCUUCGGCGACGCGCCAUGUGACGACGACGACGACCUAGAUCUGUUCGCCACGAAGAAAGUUGUUCCUAAGAAAAUCGCCGCGCCGUCGAAAUCCCUGUUCGCGGACGAUGACGACGACGACGGCGAUGACGGCCAUAUCUUCGGCAAACAGCCAACCGCGUCGAAAGACUCGAAGACGAAGACGGCAGCAAUGGCGAGUUCGAGACCGGCCGUGAAGAAACCGGUCACGAGGGACCUGAAGAAGACGGCCGAGAAGAUCGUCGAGGACCCACUGAGUCUUCUUCAGGACGACUAACUUCACUUCCUCGCGGUAAAUACCACUGAGAUUUUCUGCGCGCCCAGCCGCGAAAGUUUACGUGUGUCUGAAAAAGUGAAAGAGACGUUGAAGAUCAUGAAUGAAACACGAAAAGAUAAGAACAGAAAGAGCGUUCUGUUCUAAUAUUGCAUUAAUUUACUUGAGCCUGGAGCGUUCUGUAAAAUUAAUUUCAACAUAAAAUUGUGUUUAACGUAGUGUACGCGCCACGAUCGAUCAAAUUUAUAUACACAAUCAUACAUGCAAUAUAAUUCAAUUUAUUUAUUGCAUCGAAAAAUGUGACAGCUCAGUCGCCAAAGAUAAUGUUCAAGCUUUCGAUUAAUCUCUGAAAUUAAGAAUUAAAUCAAUUAAGAAUUCUGCGCUUAGAUUGUAGAUACAUGUAACACUAAUUAAUCUAUGUGUUCAAAUUACGUGAUACUUUAAUUUAAUUCUUUAUAUUUAUUCUGGACAACAAUCUUUUGUGGCUGAGCGCGCGCACAGGUAUACAUAUCUCUUAUUUUCUUGUUUACUUGUUAUUUUCUUAUUCGCUUUUCCUUCUUAUCCAUUUUGUUAUGUCAUACAUAAUCGCCCGCAUGUAUAAAAAGAAUGCUACGUCGAUAAGAGAAUGCGGGCAACGUGCAAUUCGCGUGCAACGGAGAGAAUCUUAUUCCUCGCUCUUGCCACUAUUUAUUGUACUCCAGUCAGAUCUGGAUUAUCUUUUUUACGUGUGCCACAUUAGGAGUCUAAUUCGUCUCAUCUUAUUCAUCGACGAAGUUGCAAUAAAUGUAGAAGUGCUCUACGCUUAGCAUUUAUUCGGGAUACAACGAGUUUACACGUUUACCAGCUAAGAUAAUAUGCGAAAGCCGUGCUCGGUGGUUCGCGCGUGCACAGUAGAUGUAUAUUUUCUGUACCGUCGUACCCCUCAUUCUCCACGUGUAAAUUCAUCACGCGCUUGUGAUUCACAUCGUGUAUAUAUAUUAUCUUGAUGAGUCACACAGUCAGUACAAUAAAACUUAUUCAACUGCUA